AUGCUGACGGCCUACAAAAUCCCUGACUUUAUAUUUGGAAUCCUCACAAGGUCCAGUGACUACUAUAAGUUCCUGGGUGAAAUGCUUAAAAGCAUGGAAGAUCUUAAGAUGAAGAACACCAAAAUUGACCUUUUGGAGGAGGAGCUGAGGCUUGCCAAAGAUGCGAAUCUUGACAACUCCAACAAGAAUAUGUUUCUGGAUCAAAACCUUUCUAAAUACCAGUCAGAGUGCAAUGAGUACAGGGAAAAGCUACUGUCCCUGGAGAUUAUCAAAAGGAAAUAUGAACUGGAGUGCGUCUCUGCCAAGCAGAACCUGGACAGAACUUACAACCAGAUCAAGGAGCUGAAUGAAAAGAUAACAAGGCUCACUUUAGAGAUUGAUGAGGAAAGGAGAAAGAGAAAACUCUCUGAAGAGAGGUAUUCACAUCACCAUGAAGACUAUGAUCUCACCAUAAAGAAAAUGAAAAAGGAGCUGGAUGAUCUGAAUUGGCAAAAGAUAGACAUUGAGACGACCAUGAAGGACAGAGAUAGAGAGAUCGAAAGGCUGAAAAUCCAGCUACAGGAUGAGGCAGCACGGAAGCAAGAAUUUGAAAUUGAGAUGUCAAAGGUAAGAAACCAACAUAAUCAAGAAAUUAUUAAUCUUAAGAAAUCCUACGAUUCAGAGAUCCAUGUUACAAAGACAACCAUUCAACAAGUAACCAUGCAAAAAAAAGAGGAAUCUGAAGAUUUUAAGUUGCAGCUUGAAAGAGCUCUAGCAGAAAAGAGGGGCCUUGCAGAAGAAGUACAGAGAUUAAAAAACUCAAUCGCAGAUGUAGAGCUGCGCUGGAGGAAAACUGAAGAGGCUGUUAAUCAGCAAAAAGCAACUUGUUCAGAUGAAUCUAGGAAGAGACAGGAGAUAGAGAUGGAGAUACAUACAAUUACCAAACUUCGGUCUGAAGAAAGCUUGAGGUAUAAAGAAUCCUUGCAGGAUGCCUCAAAGGCUGUUCAAAAUAAAGCCAAGGACAUAGAGAGGCUCAAACAGUUGUUGGAAGAGGAAUCAAGAAAGAAGAAAGAGUUAAUUAUAGAGAUGCAGACAAUUACCAAAAAGCAAUGUGAUGAAAGCUCAAGGUAUAAGGAGUCCAUGCAAGAUACCUCAAAGGCAAUUCAAGACAAGGUCAGAGAGAUUGAGACACUGAAACAGUUGUUAGAAGAGGAAUCAAGAAAGAGGAAAGCUGUAGAGUGGGAAAAUGAUAAACUGAAACAAUCUGAAAUUGAUCUGCAGAAAAAGAACACAUAUUCCACUGAAACAGUACAAAAACUAAAGAUAUUGGAGCAAGAACUGAAUGUUAUUAGGGUUAAUCUGGACAAGGUAUCCAGAGAGAAAAGCAGAGCCGAGCAAGAUGCUGCUCAGUUUCAAAACAGCUUAAAAGAAAUCCAAUUUAUAAAAGAAAAACUAGAGGGUGAGCUUGCUGUGCAUAGAAAAGCUGCUUUGGAAGAGAGCUCCAAGCGAAAAGGGUUAGAAGAAGAUCUAGAGCAUAUGAGAUGUGCAUGUAAAGAACACACCAAUACAAUCAAUCAGCUCAGACUGAAGAUUGAAGAAGUCUCCAUUGUAAAGCAAAGGAGUGAGCAAAACCUGAAGGGUCAACAGGAGUCCUUGGAUAAGACCCUGAAGGAAAAGCAACGCACAAUUGAUGAACUUAACCUCCUGACAGCUGAACUGAAAGCCUUGCAGCGCAAGCUUCUCCUGGAGCAGGAGAAUGUAAAAGAAGCCAAUCAGAGAAAUGAGCAAUUGUACAGAACAAUUGAAGAAAAGAGUAAGAUUGUGAAUGACAGCAAAUCUGAAAUAGACAGGCUGCAGUCCCUCACUCAGAAUCUCACCAAAAAGCGUUCGAGGUUAGAAGAGGAGCUAAGAAACCUGAGACAAGAAUUGGAUGAUGUGAACAUGAGUAAAGAUAACUGUGAUAGUGAUAAAACUGCUCUGAUUUCUGAGCUACAGCUUCAACUGCAGACAAGCAGCAAAAGAACACUUGAGCUCCAAGGGCUUGUUAAUGAAUUAUCAAAGGAAAGGGAGAAGUUCAGACUGGAAAUGGAAAAAUGUCAGAAACAAAAUAUGGAGUCAGCCAACAUGAUCCAUGAAAAUCAAACACACUACAAUGAACUUUUACAAGAAAAAGAAAUUCUUUUGGCAAAGAUAAAAAUGCUGGAUCAGGAUAAGACAAGACUGCAGAAAUAUGAAGAUGAACUCAGUCGAGUCAAAGCAACACUCGAUUCUGAAUCCCGCCAGAAGCUGCGUCUGCAGGGUGAACACAAGCAGCUCCAGAACGACUUCAGUUACUGGAAGAAUCAAUGUGAAAUGAAAGAGGAACUUGUUAGAAAAUAUAAUCUAGAGAAAGAUAAGAAUGAGAGGGAUAGGUACUCCAUGAAAAGUGAAAUUGAUAGGCUCCUGGCAGAGCUAAAAGUUAUUGACGAAAGAUACAAACAUAGGCUCGAAGAUGCAGAGAGAGAAAAAUCAGAUUUGCAAACCCUGCACUUAAAAAUGCAAAAGGAAAUCAGUACUCUUAGCCAAAGACCAGUUACUUGUAACUGCCAAACAGAUUCUUCAAAACUUGUGUUCGAUGGCAUUCGCAGGAAAAUUACAGCUAAUCAGUUGUAUGAUUGCAACAUUAUUAAUAAGGCUACAUUGGACCAGUUACUUAAAGGCCAAAAGACAGUAGAAGAAGUUGCAUUAAACAUUCAACCAAGUCUAAAAGGUACAGGUGUGAUAGCUGGCAUUUUUGUUACACCUAAAGAAAAGUUGUCAUUCACUGAUGCCAAGAACAAGAACCUUGUUCAACCAGAAAGUGCAAUGAUGCUUCUGGAAGCACAGGCUGCCACCGGCUAUAUAAUUGACCCAAAAGUAAAUGAGAAACUUACUGUUGAGGCUGCAUAUGCAAGAGGUCUUGUAGAUAGGGAAGAUAGAGAUAAACUUCUUACAGCCGAGUCAGCUGCUACUGGCUUUCAUGAUCCACACACAGGCAAGUUGAUUUCAGUUGGACAAGCAAAGAAAAAAGACAUGAUAAGUAGAAACACUGCAAUUCGUUUGUUGGAAGCACAGGUUGCAGCGGGAGGUGUUAUUGAUCCAGUCAGUAGUGUGUUCCUACCAAAAGAUGUUGCACUUGAUCGUGGAUUAAUAGAUAGUGAUCUCUACAGAGCCCUCACUGAUCCACAUGUUGAUACAAAAAGUUUUAUUGAUCCAGCUACCAAGAAAAAUAUCAGUUACCCUGAUUUGAAGGAAAAGUGUAGAGUUGAACUUCAUACAGGUUUACUUUUGCUGCCAGCACCGAAGAAAUGCAUUUCAUUUAAUGGGCUAAGAGAGCGUGUUACUUUAGAUGAACUAGUAGAUUCAGGAAUUGUAAAACAAGAUGUUGCUUCUGCUCUGGAACAAGGUAGAAUUACACAAGAGGAAGUUAAUGAACAGGCUAGACCAUACUUGCAAGGCACAAGUUGCAUUGCAGGCAUUUAUGAUGAAUUGAAUGACAGAACUCUUGGGUUCUACAGUGCAAUGCAAGAAGGCCUUCUUAGACCCGGAACAAGCCUUGAACUUUUGGAAGCCCAAGCAGCAACAGGUUUUAUGGUUGACCUAGUUAAUAAUAAGUUGCUGACAGUGGAAAAUGCUUAUAACAGUGGGUUGAUUGGUAGGGAGUUUAAGGAUAAACUCUUGUCUGCUGAGAAGGCUGUCACAGGGUACAAAGAUCCAUUAACAGGGGAUAUAAUUUCCUUGUUUCAAGCCAUGAAGAAGGGAUUAAUUGAAAAGGACCAUGGCAUUCGCCUGUUAGAAGCUCAGAUUGCAACCGGUGGAAUCAUUGAUCCAAAAGCUAGUCAUCGCUUAAAAGUCAAUAUUGCAUACAAACGUGGUUAUUUCGAUGAAGAGAUGAAUAAAAUCGUGUCUGAUACCAAAGUUUUCUUUGAUCCAGACACUCAGGAGAAUCUGACUUACUUGCAGCUAAAGGAAAGGUGCAUAAUGGACAAGAAAACAGGAUUCUGCCUCCUGCCACUGAACAAGAAGCAGCAGAUAUCAACAACCCAGAAGAAUACACUUCGUACGCGGAGGGUGGUUAUCGUCGAUCCUGAUACACAAAAGGAAAUGACCGUUCGUGAAGCAUAUCACAAGAAUCUGAUUGAUUAUGAAACUUUCUUGGAGCUCUCUGGUCAAGAAUGUGAGUGGGAAGAAAUAACAAUCUCAGCAUCUGAUGGUACAUCCAGAGUAGUUCUUGUUGACAGAAAAACAGGCAUUCAGUAUGACAUUCAGGAUUCAUUAGAUAAGGGUUUCAUUGACAAAAAAUCAAUGGAGAAGUAUCGAUCUGGGAGUCUUACUCUCUCUCAGUUUGCAGGUAUGAUCAGCAGCAAGUACAAUGGAGAGCCCACUGUAGGUUCCAGUAGCUUUGAACAUGUAAGCCGCAGUUCAUCAGUGACAUCAGCAACUUCACCAAGUGUCUCACGGGAAUGUAUCUCCAGUACCUUGUUUACCUUUUCCAGACCUUCAGAACAGCUAGAGGAGACCAGCCCUAUUGCAGCUAUAUUUGAUACGGAAACAUUAGAAAAAAUAACUAUUUCUGAAGCUAUUCGACGAGCAAUUGUUGAUUCCAUCACUGGACAGCGUCUGUUGGAAGCUCAGGCCUGUACAGGAGGCAUUAUAAAUCCUGCAAACAGUAAAAAGCUUUCACUGCAAGAGGCAGAGCGACAGGGUAUUAUAGACCAAGAUAUGGCCCAAAGAUUGAAGCCUGCCGAGAAAGCAUAUCUCGGUUUUGAAGAUGUCAAAACUAAGAAAAAAAUGUCGGUAGCUGACGCAAUAAGAGAGAAAUGGUUGCCAUAUGAGUCUGGUCAGCACUUCCUUGAAUUCCAGUAUCUCACUGGAGGCCUUAUUGAACCUGAUGUUCCUGGAAGGAGAUCUAUGCAAGAAGCCAUCAGAAAAGGCAUGGUGGAUGGAAGAACUGCACUAAAACUUCAAGAUACCAGCAGUUACCCAAGAAACCUGACAUGUCCAAAAACCAAGCUGAAGAUCUCCUAUAAGGAUGCUAUUGAUCUUUCAAUGGUGGAAGAGACGACUGGUUUGAGAAUGCUGGAAGCUUCGUCUGUGUCUUCUAAAGGCAUCAGCAGUCCUUACAAUGUUUCUUCAGCACCUGGAUCCCGCACUGGCUCAAGAAGUGGGUCCAGACGAGGAAGUGUUGAUCUCUCUUCACCCAGUUUAUUUAGCUAUUCUGUCUCAUCUUAUAGCAGUGGCUAUACUGGCAUUUAACACUUUUUCAUAUAACUGCAUUUAGUGUUAAAGCAUGUUUCAAUUUUAAAAACAGAUUACUUGCAGACAUACUGUUUUUUUUCUUUGUGUUAUUCAAAAUUGAAAACAAUACCAUAAAUUGAGAUCACGCUUUUGGUGUCAUUGGGAACUGUAUUUCUAAAAUAAUAGAAUGUGCAAUCAAUGCAAAUUAUGUAUGCUUAUGUAGGUUCCAGAUAUUCAGCAUAACAUUUAGUCAAAAUGGGAAUGGGAUUUCAUAUUUUAGUGCAAAAUUUGCAUCCUUUGGUACCAAUUUAUUAUUAAUACUUGCUUGGAAAUAAAACUUUCUUAUUAAA